GGUCAACUUUGCACGGCGGGGCAAACGUCAUGGGAAUACGCGGAUUUGAUUGAAGAUCGCGCAACUCGACUUAGUCAGGAUAUUUCAAAGCAGCAGACAUCCUCCGCAUCCUUCUGUACUGCUCCUCUGUAACACUCAUAUCCACAUCUUCUCCAAGCAUCUCCCGGCUAUCACAGGUACAAUCGCAACUCUCACGUCCACUUGCACGCACAAUGGCUACCUCGCUCCCCAAGACGAUGAAGGGGGUCAUCAUUGAGAAGACCGGCGGUGUGGAAGUCCUUCAAUACAAGACCGACCUGCCAGUCCCGAGCCCCAAGCAAGGCGAGAUCCUCGUCAAGAACGACUUCAUUGGCAUCAACUACAUUGACACUUAUUUCCGUAGCGGUCUGUAUCCCUCUCCCAAACCCGAGAUCCUGGGCCGCGAAGCAGAAGGCACCAUCGUCGCUGCCGGGCCCGGCGAGCACUACAACCUGAAGCUCGGCGAGCGCGUGGUCUACCUUGGGACGGGCGCCUAUGCCGAGUACACUGCGGUGCCAUCCGCGAAAGCGCACUCCAUCCCCGCGGCGAUCAAGCCAGGAGUCGCAGCCGCUGCGCUGCUGCAGGGUCUCACGGCGCUGACUCUGAUCCGCGAGUCGCACCAUGUGCAGAAGGGCGAUUGGGUGCUCGUGCACGCGGCCGCUGGAGGGGUGGGGACCUGGCUGGUGCAGCUGUUGAAGGCAGUGGGGGCGAAGACUAUCGGGACUGCGAGCACAGCGGCGAAGAUCGAGCUGGCGAAGAAGAACGGUGCGGAUUAUAUGAUUAACUACAAGGAGGAGGGAGAUAGCCUGGUGAGCAAGGUGAAGGAGUUGACGGGUGGCCAGGGCGUCGUUGCUGUAUACGACAGCACGGGCAAAGACCAAUUCGAGAAUGACUUCGAGGUGGUCGCGAGGAAGGGAACUAUUGUCAGCUAUGGUAACUCGUCGGGACCGGCGCCGCCUUUCUCUGUUGCCAAGUUGUCUGCGAAGAACGCGAAGAUUCUGAGACCCACACUCUUCAACUACAUCGCAACGCGGGAAGAAUUCGAAACGUACACAGCUGAGCUCUUCGACUUGAUUAUCAAGGACAACUUGGACCCAAGCGUCCACGAGGUCUACCCACUGGCGGAAGUUGCAAGAGCACACACAGAUCUUGAAGGACGGAAGACGACUGGUAAAUUGCUCCUGAAGGUAUAA